AUGAGUCCAAUGUUGUCAAACAAAAUUCUUUUGUGGGUCAUGUUUGUGUAUUGGUGCCACUUUGCGAUCUCAUGCAAGGCCAACGAACAAGGGGAAUAUCUGUUUAAGUUACUUCGAUCAAAGAGGGGUCAGAAAGUGAUCUCAGAUGAUGGAGAAGCUUCAAGUGCCAAAAAUGGUGGUGAUGAAGAUGUUUGGAAGGUUGAGGAAGAAAGGGUGUUGAUGGAAGAUGACAAAGUGAAGGUGGCAAAUGUUAUUUUCCUGGAGUCUCCUGCAGGAGUUGGGUUUUCAUAUUCAAACACUUCUUCUGACUACUCUAAAGCUGGAGACAAGAGCACAGCCAUGGACUCUUACACUUUUCUUCUAAACUGGCUUUACAGAUUUCCACACUACAAAUCUCGAGACUUGUUCAUCACUGGAGAAAGCUAUGCUGGACAUUAUGUCCCUCAGCUAGCUCAAACUAUUCUCCAUAACAAUAAAUUUACAAAUCACACAGUCAUUAACCUCAAAGGGGUUGCGAUUGGGAAUGGUUGGAUAGAUGAUAAUAUGUGUACAAAGGGAAUGUAUGAUUAUUUCUGGACACAUGCUUUGAACUCUGAUGAAACCCAUGAAGGAAUUGAAAGGCAUUGUGACUUUGAGAGUGGUAACUUCACAAGUGAGUGCAACAAAUAUCAAAGUAGAGGGUAUGAUGAGAUUGGAGUCAUUGACAUAUAUGACAUAUAUGCUCCCCCUUGUGACGCAAGUCCUGCCACUGUCUCUAACAGCAAUUUCGACCCUUGUUCUGACGAGUAUACAAAAUCCUACUUAAAUCUGGCCCAAGUACAAGAGGCUCUUCAUGCUAAACCCUCAGAAUGGUCUCCUUGCAGUGAGGUGGGAUGGACUGAUAGCCCAGCAACAAUUCUACCAACUAUAAAUCGGUUAAUAUCAAGUGGCAUAAGAACCUGGAUAUACAGUGGUGAUACUGAUGGGCGUGUUCCCAUAACAUCAUCUAGGUAUUCAGUAAAUGCCUUGAAGCUUCCUGUGGAGACAACAUGGCGUCCAUGGUAUUCGGGAAAUGAGGUUGGAGGAUACUUGGUUGGGUACAAGGGGCUCACCCUCAUCACUGUAAGAGGAGCUGGUCACAUGGUUCCAAGUAACCAACCACAGCGAGCGUUAACCAUGAUCUCAUUUUUUCUUCGCGGAGAACUUCCUCCCGAAUUAAGCUCAUAG